AUGGAGGAACCCGGCGGGGAUGGAGGGACCCGGCGCGGCGUCCCCGAGGGCUGGGGGUGCGGCGGGUCCCCAGGGAGCCCCGGGGGUUCCCGGCGGCGGUGGGACGGGACGGGCCGGGCCGGGACGGGCCGGGGCCGCCCCGCCUCCCGCUUAAAGAGCCGCGGCGCCCGGCGGCCCGCAGGAGCUGGGACCGGCACCGCCCGCACCAUGCGCUCCGCCGCCAAGCCCUGCCGCAUCCUCCUCCUCCUCCUCCUCCUGCCGCCUCCGCCCGCCGCCGCCUACUUCGGGUCAGCACCGCCCGCGGGCACCGGGGGCAGCGCGGGGCUCCGAGGGGAGGCACCGGGACCCGGGGCGGGGGACGAGGUGUCCUGGGCAGCUCGGGGUGUCCGUGGGCAGAUCGGGGUGUCCGUCAGCCUUCUCAAGGCAUCAGUCCCAGGCAUAUCUUCCCUACCUCACCUCUUCUCCUGCUUCUUUCCUUCCAGCCUGACCGGGAAGGAAGCCCUGACCCACUUCCCCUCGCUGGGUGCCCCGGGGGGCUCCGGCCCGGGCAAGGGGCACGUGAAGCAGUGCGAGCUGCUCCAGCUGUCCCGCAAGCAGAAGCGGCUGUGCCGGAGGGAGCCGGGGCUGGCGGAGACGCUGCGCGACGCCAUCCGCCUGGGGAUCCUGGAGUGCCAGUUCCAGUUCCGCAGCGAGCGCUGGAACUGCAGCCUGGAGGGCCGGCCCAGCCUGCUCAAGAGAGGUUUUAAGGAAACAGCCUUCCUGUACGCCGUGUCCUCGGCCGCCCUGACGCACUCGCUGGCGCGGGCAUGCAGCGCGGGGCGCAUGGAGCGCUGCACCUGCGACGACUCCCCCGGCCUGGAGAACCGCAAGGCCUGGCAGUGGGGCGUCUGCGGGGACAACCUCAAGUACAGCACCAAGUUCCUGAAAAAGUUCCUGGGGCAGAAGAGGAUCGGCAAAGACCUGCGGGCCAAGGUGGACAUCCACAACACCAACGUGGGCAUCAAGGCGGUGAAGAACGGCCUCAAAACCACCUGCAAGUGCCACGGCGUGUCCGGCUCGUGCGCGGUGCGGACGUGCUGGAAGCAGCUCUCUCCUUUCCAUGAGAUCGGCCGGCUCCUGAAGCUGCGCUACGACGACGCCGUCAAGGUCUUCAGCACCAGCAACGACGCCGUGGGACACUCGGAGCUGGCAGGGCCGCACAGACACGGCCACUCGGGCAAGCAGCCCGCCCUGCCGCGCCCCACGGACCUGGUGUACGUGGAGGACUCGCCCAGCUUCUGCCGGCCCAGCAAAUACUCCCUGGGCACCGCGGGCAGGACCUGCUCCCGCGAGGGCAACUGUGACAGCAUGUGCUGCGGCCGGGGCUACAACACCCAGAGCCGCCUGGUCACCUUCUCGUGCCACUGCCAGGUGCAGUGGUGCUGCUACGUGGAGUGCCAGCAGUGCAUGCAGGAGGAGGUGGUCUACAGCUGCAAGCAGUAG